AUGGAAGAGUGCCGGCCCUCCUUCUCCUCCUCCUCUCCUUCUCCUCCUCCUCUCCCAGAAAACCAAACUGAUGACUGCCAGAGAACCAGCAGCGUUAAUGAGAGCGACCCCCCCUUCUGCCGAAGCAGUAGCGAGGGCUCCAGUCCUGCCUGCAGUGGCGAGUGCUCCAGUCCUGCCUGCAGUGGCGAGGGCUCCAGUCCUGCCUGCAGUGGCGAGGGCUCCAGUCAUGCCUGCAGUGGCGAGGGCUCCAGUCCUGCCUACAGUGGCGAGGGCUCCAGUCCUGCCUGCAGUGGCGAGGGCUCCAGUCCUGCCAGCAGUGGCGAGGACUCCAGUCCUGCCAGCAGUGGCGAGGGCUCCAGUCCUGCCUGCAGUGGCGAGGGCUCCAGUCCUGCCUACAGUGGCGAGGGCUCCAGUCCUGCCUGCAGUGGCGAGGGCUCCAGUCCUGCCAGCAGUGGCGAGGGCUCCAGUCCUGCCUGCAGUGGCGAGGGCUCCAGUCCUGCCUGCAGUGGCGAGGGCUCCAGUCCUGCCUGCAGUGGCGAGGGCUCCAGUCCUGCCUGCAGUGGCGAGGGCUCCAGUCCUGCCUGCAGUGGCGAGGGCUCCAGUCAUGCCUGCAGUGGCGAGGGCUCCAGUCCUCGCCAGUGUAGAUUUAAAUAA